GAGGUAUGCGUGGAGAAGUCUGGGCGGAUCAGACUCCGUGUGCUCGUUUUCUCAGCAGAAUGGGAGCAUGGUGGCGCCUGAGCCUUGUAGGCUUCUUCUCGUCUAUGGUGAUGGUCAUGCGUUCCGUAAGGCCAGGUUUGCGGCGUGGUUUCUGGCUUUGAAGGACCUGGACAGGCUGUUUGAGGAUCCUGGCAGCAACAGAAAUGUGAUGCUCUUGAAGAUGCGGGUGUGGGAGGAGUUGGUGUUGGCAACGCUGAGCCCCGGAUUCCAGCGCGAUCGUAACAGGUCUAUUUAUUGGGUUGUUGUGGACGAGGACUAUGGACAAAGGGCUGGGGCAGACUCGGUUGAUUGGCAUUCUGGGCUGCCGGAACAGGAGGCCAAUGACUUUCUCCUGAAGAUCAUGAGGGGCGUCGAUUGCAAACGUAAGCGCAUGGAGAAGCACGAGGAGUCGCAAGGGGGCAGGGAGCGGAUGGUGUUUGUCAAUCAUGGGACAAUCGAGGGCUCAAGAUUUGUAAAUCAUGGAUCCAUGGAGGGGUGCAGUAACUGGAGGACCGCACCAAACUCGUAUUUCCACUCGGCGUCACCCCAGUCAUCCAACUCUGCUGCCGCUCGACGAGCAGGGGUCUACGAAGAUGAGGAGACCGCCGCUGCGCCGCCCAAGCGAGCCCGCACGCACAGCCAGGACGCCUCAAACCCAAGUGAGGCCCAGCCCAACCCCUCCCUCAGAUCUGUCGCAAAGGACAAGCCGGCCAUGCAGGCGCCUCGCGUCUCCUCAGACCCCCGGGGCAUCCUCACCGAGUGCUCCCCCAACCUCAGUAACCCCAAUAGCCACGCGCCAGCAAACGAGAAAGAUGCGUUAGCCGCAGCGCUCGAGGCUGCAAAGCGCGCAGCUGACGCCGCCGAUGACCGCAUGACGGCUGCCGAAGCGGAGGCAAAGAAGUGGGAGGAGGCAGAGCGGCAAGCGGCAAAAGGGGGGAAUAGCGGAAGGCCGCGAGGGAGGCCAAGCGGGAGGCGUGGGAGAAGAGUCCACGGACGCCGUGGCUCAAGCACUGUCGGUGGCGCUUCGUCUCUCCCAAUCGGCGCGUCGCCACAGCAGGGCGCACCCGCCUAUGGGGCCGCCAGCACUGCGCAGCAGUCCGCAGGGUCAACGAGCGUUCGCGGCGAGAGCUUGGGGGCAGACAGGGACGUGGCUGGUCCGGUGGACGUUCCUCCAACCUCCCGCCCAGAGCCCAGUCAACCAGCGCAGCCGCACACCAGCUAUUCCCAUCUUGAAGGCCGCCGCCCCCUGAAGCCUCGGACGAGCUCUCUGGCAGCGGAGCCGUCCACCGCUCUCCCGACCAAGAAGAGCCACAGCGCCGAUGUCCCACCACAUCUGUGGAAUCCUCACCCCCCGAGCGCGCCUCUCGCUUCUUCCGACCUCCAAAGAGAGAUGGUUCCCGUUGAAGACGUGCCGUCGUGGUCAGUUAUGCACCCCGGGCGCCCCGUCUCAAACCCCCAGGCACCAUCGCUGACCACUUCGUCCGGAAGCUUUUCCCUGAAAAACGUCGACUGCGGCCCCGACGUGCAUCCCCUCAUCUGCAACCCUGACGCGCCCAGCCCCGGUCACUCUCUCGGCUCGGAAGGAAGCGACGCCAGCAUGCAAAAGCCCCCGCUCCUCCUAGAGCAUCGCCUGACGUCACCUCAGUCUGACAGCAGCACCGAGAAGGGGCGGGCGAGCGCUUGGCGCAAGAGCGGGGGCGGCGCCUGCGACGUGGAGUUGCAACUCGCGCGGUACGUCAAACCUCUCCAAAACGACCGGCAAUGGUACAACAGGAGCAGCAGUGACAUGGACCCCACGCCGUUGCCCGCGAACGACGGCCGCUCGAUGAGCCACGUGGCAGCGUGGGGAGCGCCGGAGCACCUGGGGCGCAAGCGGCGCCGGAGCUCGGUGAGUCGGCCGCUGGAGCCGGUGGCAGAGGAGGAACUAGAGGAGGGGGAAAUCCGCGACGACGGCGUGGAAGGAGGGGCCGAUGUGCUGGCAGCGACUGCAGGGAGCGUGGGAUCCAUCGAGACGCACGCCAAGUUGGGCGCCGGCUUCAUCAUCCCGGGACAACGAUUUAGGCCCGAGGACGUCCCCGUGCAGAACCGCCGCGCGCCACGCGCCCCCCUGCCCCAUCAACCGCUUGUCCUUGGAUCGCCGCUCCCCAAGUCCUCCCCCCUGAAGCCCAGCGCAACAUCUCUCAACCAACCCCUUCUCCUCACUUACGCGAGUGAGGCACAAGGCGCGCCCGCACUAAGUCUCCUGGGCGGGGGCGGCAUCGGAUCCUGGAAGAGUACGACCGAUUGGGCACAGCCGAUGACGGGACGUACAGCGGGGUUCGGCAGGAAGCGGGAGGAGUCGGCUGGUGACCCCGGGAGCAUUGGGGAAGCGGUCGGCGGGGCGGCAAAGAUCACCUACUCAAGCUUCAGCCUGGCGCAAGUGCAACGAGAGCAAGUGGAAAGCGACGAUUUACCGUCCGAGCUGCACCUGCGACGCCGGAACGCAAUUGAGUGGUGGGCCGAGAAUCCGCUGGCGGACGAACCGGAGGAGGGGGAGUUUCAGGCUGGCAAGGUGGACGAGCGCAUUUUCCCGCUGACUGUGGUGGCUGCCCAAGCGGAGCAGAGCGUGGUCCAGACAAAGGUAAGCGGAACGAACGACGAUUCCGCUUGCUCCGAUGACGAAUACACGGAAAAAGAUGCUUCCGACACGAACAGCAGCCUAAGCAGAGAAUCCUCUCAACGUUACGUCGGGAAAGGACCCCAAGGAAAAAGACGCUUUUGUACGCCUGCAAUUUGGGGUAUUGAUGCGGUCGGGGACACCGUAUACGCAAAUCCGGACAUCCCGUCCACCAAUCUUCAUCUGAUGCACCGCGGUAACGACGUCGUCCAGAGCUUUGCCGGGCGUGGGCUAGCGGCAGCCUCAGAUAUCUUGACGCCCUUCACCUACAAGACUCCAGACGUUCUCGACGCGCCCAUCAUCCGCCAGUACACUGGCAAUGGACUCACCUCUGCAGCCGCAAGUGCUCCGCGUGGCCAGCAUACUACCGCUCUGGAGAAGCCCGUGGACAGUGGAGACUUGCUCGCCUUCAACCCCGCUUCCACCCCAACGCAGCCGCCAAAGGCCGAUCCAGUCGCCGAGAAAGCGCCAGAGGAUGCUUCAAAGGUUCCGUCGCAGCCAAUCCCUCCGAAGCGAGUUUCUUCCCUCAUCGACCGCGGCGCAUUGUCCCGGAGCCGCCUCCUCUACGCAUCUCAGAAGCUGAAGGGCGACACGGCCGCCAUCAUGACGUCAGAGAGUGCUACAGUGGCUCAGCACUCCACGGCCAAGGAUGGAAAGCAGAAAACGGAGAGCAAGCUCAAAGCCAGCGGUUUCCUCCACAAACUCAACUUUGACAAGGGCGACCACGGCCAGAAGAAUCCGUCCAUCGCAGCACCCCUCCCCAAGCAACGUGCACGGCCCCGCCAGGCUGCUUCCCUAUUCGCCAAGUUCCAGGAAGGGCCGGAGAAGGCGGCUCAGGACGCUGCUGAGGAGACCUCGCCGACCAAAGCCUCCGCACCGGUUUCCAGUUCCGUCGCAGUCUCUGCUGGCUCAGGUGUCGCUGUACUUGCCGCGUACGGAAUUCUGGGUGCUAAGCACGAGAAGGGUCUUUUCAUCAACAAUGUCAACGCGCCUCUCGCGCACUCGGUGCAAAAUGGUCCUUCGCUGAAGCCCUUCAUGGACAAUGACCCGGUUUCAGAGAAGAACAAGCCCGUUGUGAAGGACGUAGAGUCCCUCUCGAAGCAGCCAUCCACGGACGCAACGCCACGCAAGUACCAAGAUCGCGAACUGAAGUCCAACGCAUCCGCCGCAACCCGCCAGAUGGAGGACGCCGGGCCGGCGCCAGUGCUUCCUGUCGCUAAGGAGGUACAACCCGCGGAGACCCCUGCGGAAGAAAUGGAGCGAGUCACGGCGAUUGCGAAAGGGGGCGGGGAUGCGGCGGCAAAUACAGCCAGCAACUCCCUACAAACGCCGAAAGAGGCACAGCCGGGGAAGGCGUCUCCGCGCAAGAAGGAGUCGGUCGUCGACGAUGAGGGGGUGGAAGGGGCUGAUAUCGUGGCAAAUGGAGCCAUUAACGUGAUGCAGGCAGAGGAGAUCUUCCCCACCGGCGACGGGUCGGACGUCUUUGCGCCCCGCCAGAAGCUGGCGCGGAGCCCGCCCGGCGCCGCAAAGACCGGGCAGACCACAUGCGCCGAGAAGCGCCCGGCGGAGCCCUUCUCGGCCGACUGGUGGGAGCAGGACAGGCUCGAGCGGAGUUUGCGCGGAGAGAAGCGGCGGAAGAGCGGGUCGAGCCAGACGCUGGACCGCCCGAACUUCAUCGAGAUUGCCGCGAUGGGCGCCCACCCCCGAUCCGCUGCCAAACCCUCCAAGGCCCCGAGAGAUGCGGAGACGGACCCCAUGCAGCUGCCACCUCCCCCGGCGAACUCGGACAGCACGCGCGGCGCGGACAGUGGCUCGGACUCGACGGCAGAGAAGGACGAGGCAGCGGCGAGAAGUGCGAGUGGUGGCCUCGCUGAAACGAGGGCCGCUAUUGGGGGAAUGGCCACGAGGAAGCUGUCCGGCUUUGGAGCAAAGGUGGAAAUUGGGCAGCCCCUUGUGAGUGAGGGAACGGCAGAAGACGGCUGGGCACGCACGUCGGGUGAUCGUAGGCGCAGCAAGCGCUGGAUGAUGUAACUGGCAGGCGGGAUGAAGCAGGCUCAGUAGGGACGACAUUGUCACGCAGUGAUUUGUUAAUUACGUAGUCUAAUUUGAGGAAGAAAGUCAAAACUGCGGGCCCUACCAUAUGUUGAUAUUUUGUGAGGAGUAACGUUGUAGAGCGUCGAACCGGAUGGGUGAGACAGCGCUUGAAAUGAGUGAGCCGCCGUCACUGUGUGGUACCCUGCGACAGUUCUGGAGACUGCGAUACGAGAGAGUACAAAAAGGAGCACUGAAGAGGAUUAGCCGAACGCUUGAACGUUUUCUGUUGGGUUGAUUUGGAGCGCCAGCGGCAGAUUGCUGUUCCUACGUAGGACUAUCGUCAAAGAGUAGAGGGGGCCAAGUACACACAGAAGAGAGAUCAAGAGCGCGCCCUCAUAAGAUCAUUGGAUGAGGCAGGGAGUCAGUUUUCUACUACUGUAGAUACGUAAAACAGCUUUUUAAACUAAGAAUCUAAGUUUGGCGCUGGCUUAGAACGAUCAGGCGAUAGGUUCAAUCAUUGAUAGUGAGAAGUUACCGGUAGAAUACAAUCGGCAGAAGAACAGGUUUUGGUUUCUGUUCUGGAUAUGAUCUGCUAUCAGAUGUGUUUCGGACUUAUAUUUGAUUUAAAGAUUUUACCCGGCA